AUGGAGUACUGGUGCCCCUGCAACGGCCGUGGCUGCAGCAAGGAGAAGAGGCCGCCGCUCAAGAGGGGCCAGCUCAAGCUGCAGAUCGCCAGGACCCUGCUCGGCAGCCUCGCGGCGCCGGUCGCCAAGAACCGGGAUCGCGGCUUCGGGAGAUAA